UUCACUUCGCUCUCGACCUGCGCGUGCGUUGGGGCGUUCUCGGGGAGCCCACGUAGCGAACCGGCGCAGAGGACCGAUUUGAACGAGUGCUCGGGAGGCAUGGAGUCGAUUUGUUUCCGUGUGUAGCGUCCAAGUACGAGCCCGCGACCUUUUGAGCAGUGUUCGUGUACUCGUCUUCGGUAGCGAAAAAAAAGAGAUUAACAGCCGCGCGGGCGACGGAUAGAUCACACAGGCCUUCGACGAUACCGAGCGAACAUGGCGGCCGACGUAAGCGCGUUCUCUACUGCAAGCAAGCUGCCCGUACUAGCGGCGGACCCUUCAUGGCCACGCUACGUGUACCCACAGCUGAGCAACAUGAUAGCGGACGGGGUGAAAGUGGAUGGCAGCUGGGAGCUGUGCAUCCAUGUCACCGACCUCAAGCUCGACCGCAAGCUCAGGGUCAAGGGCGACAUGCACAUUGGUGGCGUCAUGCUUCAGCUCGUCGAAUCCCUCAAUGUGCCAACAGACUGGUCGGACCACGCCCUCUGGUGGCCCGAGCAGAACACUUGGCUCACAAGGACAAAGUCCACACUCGACCAGUGUGGCGUCAUGGCCGACGCACUGCUCCACUUCACGCCCAUGCACAAGACGUUGCGCAUCCAGUUUCCCGACCUGCGCAUCAUGGACGUCCGGACGGAUUUCUCCGUCAAGACAUUCUCGGCCGUCGUCAAAGUCUGCAAAGAGCUAGGCAUCCGGCACCCUGAGGAACUGUCCUUCUGUCGACCGUUAGUGAACGAGCACCUCAAGCGCAACUAUCGCGCCAUUGGCUGCAGCCCUCGCCAGCGCCCUAAAGAGGGCACCGACAGCAUCCAGUUCAACCGCUCAAAGGCCAACGACAGCAACGGCACACUCGACGGAGCUCUCGGAUCGCCGCACAACUCGUCGGUGACACACUGGAACACGUCCAGCUUCAACAACGGCAUCCCACCGGGCCUGAACGGGAGCUACCUGACUCCGGACAGCAGCUUCAGCUCCCAGUACGAACUGCCCCUCGCCCAGAGCCCCAACAAGCCACCGCAGGACAUCAAGGCAGCCCUGCUCAGGCCCAAGACUCUCGUCGAGAGGGCACGCCUCAAUGCGGGGUGGCUUGACUCGUCGCUGUCGCUCAUGGAGCAGGACGUGCGGGAGUUCGACCUGCUGCAGCUGCGCUACAAGUUCUACUCGUUCUACGACCUGAACCCGCGCAAGGACGCCGUGCGCAUCAACCAGAUUUACGAGCAGGCGCGCUGGGCCCUGCUCACUGAGGAGAUAGACUGCACCGAAGAGGAGAUGAUGCUCUUUGCUGCGCUCCAGCUCCAAGUGAAUCUGCAGGCCAACAGUAGCCAGCCGGACUUCUCGCAAGGCGAAGACGACAUCGACGCCGCCCUGACCGACCUCCAGGUGACCCUGGAGGGCAGCGCCAUAUCAAGCGAGACCUCAAACAUCACACAAGUGCCUGAGCUGCACAGCUAUCUGCGGUUCCUCAAGCCCAAGCGAUUCACGUUGAAGGGCUUCAAGCGCAUGUUCUUCAUCUUCAAGGAGACGCGCAUGUGCAUCUACAAGUCGAGGGAGGAGUACGAAGGUGGCGGAAGCCCCUCAUACGUCAUCAACCUCAAAGGUUCCGAAGUCACGCCUGAUGUGUACCUCGCCCAAGGCAAGUACGGGAUUCGCCUGGAAGUGCCCGGCCCCGAAGGAAUGACCGAGUACUGGCUCCGCUGUGAAACGGAGGACCAGUACGCCCAGUGGAUGGCCGGCUGUCGACUGGCGGCCAAGGGCAAGACCAUGGCGGACGCCUCGUACGAGGCCGAGGUGCACUCCAUCCAGCAGUUCCUGCAGCUGCAGAGGCCCGCACCUGCCCCAGCACUGGUGCCCUCUCAGCUUGACAUCGACGUUGAGGACUUUGUUGCGCCCCGCUUCAUCAAGAAACUCAAGAGCAAACAGGCCAUUGUUCAAAGGAUUGUCGAAGCGCAUGGGAACGUCAAGGACCUCAGCCUCGUAGAUGCCAAGAUGAACUUCAUCAAGGCCUGGCAAGCGCUACCCGAGUUUGGCAUCUCACUCUUCGUUGUGCGCUUCAGCGGCAGCAAGAAAGAGGAACUGCUGGGCGUGGCCUUCAACCGGCUGAUGCGCAUGGAGCUUUCAACGGGCGACCACAUCAAGACGUGGCGCUUCAACACCAUGAUGGCCUGGAACGUCAACUGGGAGGUGAAGCAAAUGAAUGUCCAGUUCGAGGAAGACCAGCGCGUCGCCUUCUCCUGCCUCAGCGCCGACUGCAAGACGGUGCACGAGUUCAUCGGCGGAUACAUCUUCCUCAGCAUGCGCUCCAAAGACCAGAACCAGGCGCUCAAUGAAGAGCUCUUCCACAAGCUCACCGGCGGAUGGGUCUGAGCAUUAUGAGCUGGCGUGCUAGACAAACCGAAAGGGGCACUGAUGCAUUUAACUAUCACCCCCCCCCCCCCCCUUUAUUUUUUAUGCCCUAUAGGAAAGUCUGGGACCUCAAAACCGCAGAAAACAAUACUGCUGAGCCUCAGGCCCUGAAAAAUUUCAUAUAACAGCCUCUGUACAGCCAGUUUUACUUCAAUUUCUAAAUUCUGUAUCGUGACUUCAUGAUACUAAAAGUGAUCUUACGAAAGUGGCCCAAUGUAGUGGUUUGACGUUUCUUGUCUACCGCGCUACUGCAUCAGCUUUUACAUUGAGUAGCAGCAUGAAAGUGGCAUUAUUAAGGGAGCUGGAGAGAUACCCAAAUACUGCUACAUUCUGCUCACGUGUGAUCACAUUCCGGAUCGUAAUGUCGCGACACAGUAUAACACCAAAAACUUGAAGACUGGCUUUAGAAACGCAAUUACAUUGAGGUAUUCGCAGCACAUUGAGACCUCGUUGUAGCUGUCGUACAGUUUUGAGAUCCCGUACUCUCAUUUAACAAAGAGAAGGAAAGCAAGAAAUAUUGCAUCAGUACUCCUUGAAGACGUGCAUUCUUCGUCGACUUGUGGCAGCACACACAGGACCGGCAUCGUCCACAGCAGGUCGCCACGGGCCCGAGACGGCGCAAGAUGAUUCUGCUGAUUACAUCAGAGACUUGUGCCAAGCUGGAUUCGUUGUUUUCACGGUUGGUCAAGUUCAGUGGCAUGUUGGACUUGGCGUUUCUUCUGUCGUGCUCGUUCAGUUGAAACGACGAGAGAUUGGUGGGAGCUUGUUCAAGCCGGAUGGACUUUCUUCAUCUGCUCAUGGAAUGAUAGGCCUGGUGACGGAGGUGCCAGCCGUCUCUUUGAAACUGUGCACUAGCAGUUCCUGGUUGUUGGUAUAUAGUUGAUCAUGAGCCUCUGCGAGGGAGAUCACUCGUCGUUUUUCCUCUUCAAAAAUGCUCAGUGGUACAUAUAUGCGAAAACGUUACUACACUUAUAAAUCAAUAAAUGUGCUGCUUUGUCAUGUGGCUACACGUACAAGUUUGAGAGCGGGCUUGUUCGUGACACCUUCUAAAGGAACUCGAAAUAGUACUUUAGAAGAGGCUAAUUCAUUAGUGUUGACGUCGUACUAGAUGCAUACGUGGAGUUUGCCCCCGUUCGCAAGGCCAGCCAACUGUGUACCAUACAAUGCACUGUUAGGCACAGUUUUCUAACCACUUUUUUUAUUUUUCUGCGAGAGCUUAGAACAAUGCGCGGCAUAUCUUGGUGAAAGGCAACAUUGAGCAUGCCUUCUAGAUCGCGCAGUAAGCUGCAGAAGCGCAUUUUGCAUCAACUGCAAGCUUCAACACACUGGCUGCCUACACAGAUGAUGCUUUCAUCACCAUCGACACAUCACGAAAUACCCCGACAAUUUUUGCUUUUCAUUUCAUAGAAUGUGUUUUCCUUUGUCUUCGUCAACACCUGUGAGUAACGAAAUCGAGACUGUUGCAACACUACGACGUAGCAAACUCGUUAACUGUCUGCACACAUGCAAUUAAUCUAGAGAAGAUGACCCCGGACCUUUAAGGCACUGUGAGUGCGGUGAGCACGCCGCCACCGAUCGGUUGUGAUGUCAUCACUUCAUGUAGCAGCAGUUUUUUUAUUGACGAGCGUGCCAAGUUUUUGGCUGAACAGCCCCUUCGAACUGUACAAUAGUGACGCGAAAAUCGUUGUUGCCAAUGUAGUGCAUUUAUGGCGAAUGUCUUUGUCGAAAAAUUCCGCACACACACACAGUGCAUGCAGUUUUUCUGAAGAUGGUGUUAUCCAGCUUGGGCGGCGAAGGCCAAGCUUUUCAUUUUCUGUGGUGGAGAUGCAGAUUGCUGUUAAAGAAUAAGCAUUGGGCUGCAAUGCUUGAAAAUAGAAGUUGCUGUAGUAAAAUUUGAGGCUUGUGAACAGCCUUUGAGCCUCAUAUUGAUUCUCAGGGUGACUGUGUUUUUGUUUUGAAUGCAUAUAAACAUGAAAAAUCGUGUUUGUUUUUGUUUCUUUUUUGAAAAUCUCUGGACCAUUUCCAGUUAUUGCAGCUCACGAUGUUAGCCAUUUCCAUUCAGCCUCCAAAUUACGAACAUGUGCAAAAACAUACAACUAUUAAAACAAAUGUUAAGAUAAAAUCAAAUUGUGUGGAAACUAGAUGUUGACUUGACUUUUCUUUCAUAGUACUAUACAUGCAUACCCUUUAUAUAUAUAUAUAUAGUAUAUAUAUACAUAUAUAUUAAAAAGGGCUACAUUAAGCCCUGUAAUUAGUCAGCCAUAAUAAUGAUUACAAUGAACGUAGCAGAAGCUGCAUUUCAGUGCUGCGUUUAUCUGAAUCGACGUCUACUUCACAAAUAACUGUAUUGUUUGUGAUGUGCUUCUACGAUAGCAUAAGGUUUGUAUACAAUGGUUACCUUACAACAUGUAAAUACAAAAACUCUGCCUUUUUUUUUUUGGCGCUCUGACACGUCACCAAUGUAUUUUGCAUGUUUUUUCUCGCAUCUUCAACAAAUUCUGCCUAUGCCAUCAAGUGCUUUUUUGCGCAUUUAUGCAAGCUUUGUAAAAAUGUUUUUGUCAACAGAGUUGCUGCUGUAGCUUUUUAGGGCUACGGUCACAGUGCAAUUAUAUUUAUAGUUGAUCAGCAUUUGUGUAUCGGGAUGCUUGUUUAGCUGCGAGGCAAGAGUAGAUUGCUGGCUACUUGCGGGACAUGAGUUGUCGGUCCUUUUGUGAUUGACUUUUCUCGGUUUUGACACUGACGUUUGUUACGCGAGGAGGCUCAUUGAAAUAACUGCUCGAGCCCGAUGACGCUCGAGACUUGUUGAUUUGACAGAAACUGCCGUGGUUGUUUGACCGGAAGUGGCACGGUUUUCCAGUAAAAAACUGCAUUGUUUAGGGAGUGUCGUUUUUCGAGUCGUGAAAUUUUUCGUGAAGUGCCUUGUGAGUGUUUUACAUAAUGUUACAGUGUAACCCACUUGAAACUUACUGUCAUCUUCCUAUUUAAGAGAAUAAAGUUUUUUUUUCCCCAUAUCA